AUGGCAAUCAAAUUAAUUUUGUUCUGUUUGUGUUUGUGGCAUCUGGUUGGUGUGUUUGGUGAUUCAGAUGAAGUGAGGUCAGUGUCAGUGAUGGAGGGAGAUUCGGUCACUCUAAACUCUAGUCUUACUGAAAUACAGACAGAUGAUGAGAUCGAGUGGAGGUUUGGACAUACCAACUUACUCAUAGCUGAACUCAGUAUGAAGUCCAGUAUGAUCCUUUUGUAUGAUGGUGAUGACGGGAGAUUCAGAGACAGACUGAAGCUGGAUCAUCAGACUGGAUCUCUGACCAUCACAGACACCAGAACCACAGACUCUGGAGUUUGUACAGUAAACAUCCUCAGCGGAAGCAGAGAGAUCAGAUACAGAUUUAAUGUUACUGUCUAUGCUCGUCUGCCUGUUCCUGUCAUCAGCAGUGACUCUUCAAACUGUUCUUCGUCAUCAUCAUCAUCAUGUUCAUUGGUGUGUUCAGUGGUGAAUGUGAGUCAUGUGACUCUCUCCUGGUACAAAGGAAACAGUUUAUUGUCCAGCAUCAGUGCGUCUGAUCUCAGCAUCAGUCUCUCUCUACCUCUGGAGGUUGAGUGUCUGGAUGAUUCCUACAGCUGUGUUGUGGCUCAUUCAUUCACCAACCGGACCACACAUCUCAACACUGGACUCUGUCACACAUGUUCAGACUCUGUCCACUGUUGUGGUUCUACUGAAGCUGUGAUCCGAUUGGUCCUCUCUGCUCUGGUGGGCGUGGCUACUGUCAUUCUUCUGGUUUAUGAAAUCAGAUCCAGAAGAGCUGAACACGAUCAAGCACAGAUUCACACAUCAGGAAGUAUUGAAAUCUAA